GGCGGACUUAUCGAGAAAAUGAGAUGUCCCUCAAACUUUGCCGUUUACCGCUUAGAUUGAAAGAAAUCUUAAUGAUUGACUUCAAAGUGGCAUAAUAAAAAGGUAUUCUCCCAAUUUAGGCUGCUUUUCUCGGUAAACUAGGCAUUUUUCGAGAAGUACAUCAAGAAAAUUGAGAUGUCAGGAGACCAAGGAAAGAAAGAUGAUACUAAMACUCCGACAAGUUUACCACUCAGUGCACGAGCUUUGUUAUCCAGACAGCGCAAUACUGGAAGUCUAUCUGGGCCAGGGAGACUGCCAUCACUUAGACCUGCAAGGGACCUUAGUCUUGGUGCUACUCCAAAGCUCAACUUGAGUGCAAAAAGGACGUUUACACCUACCAUACCAACCCGGAGAGUUAAGGAGGAACCAAAAGAGCAAGAAUCUAGUGAUUCUAAGAGAUCUCCUUUUAAGGGGAAAAGAGGCCAUCAGCAUGGGGGUGAAGGGYGUGGCAGAGGAAGAGGCAGAGGUGGUAGAGGAAGACAUGAAGUUGUUGCAUCACAGUCUGUAUUCUCAAUGGGUCCAGCUGAGAAGGGCAAAACAGGGCAUUCAUCUCCCUCUGUUAGUUUUACUGGUGGUGAUAAACGAGAAGGCAAAUCAUCAAAAGCUGCCAUAGUUAAGAAAGAAAAGAGUUUGGAUUACAAUGAUGAUGAAUCAAGGCGUAUAUUGAAAAUGUUAGAGACAGAGGAUGAUGAUACAGAGACUGAGUGUACAGAACAUGGUAUGGCACCUGUCUCAAUACCAUUAUCAAACUAUAUUCUCAAAACCAAAGAGUUAGAAGACAAAAAAACUAUUUCUAUCAAAGAGGAACCAAUGGAUGUUGAUAUGGAUGAUGAUGGAGAAGUAAAGAAGCCAUUCAAACAGAAACCUAUUAUCAAAACAGACAUAAAGACAGAACCAGUAAAGCCUACUUGCCAGUCAUUGUUCGCAAGUACUUCUGAGGCAAGCGAUGAGAAGUUCAUCUUCAUUCAAUUGCCAGACAAGUUGCCCAUUCAACCCAUCAAUACUGCAUCCCAGAAAGGUGUUAACAAUGGUACAGCAGCCUCUCAAAAUACUGAAAAGACCAGUGCAGCAAAAACUCCUGAGUCAACCUUAAAAGAUGUAUCAGAAGGAUACAUUGGGAAAUUACAAGUACUCAAAUCAGGGAAAACACGGCUGCUGCUUGGUGACAUUAGCCUGGAUGUCUCCAUGGGAACAUCAUGUUCAUUCCUCCAGGAGCUUGUCACAGUCCACACAGAAGAAGACAGAUCAGAUAUGACUGUUUUAGGACCUGUUAAACAUCGUGUUAUUUGUACACCUGACUUUGAAAAACUCCUUACAACAUGAAAUAUUUAUACAACAGAAAAUUUUGAAGUGUAGCCUGAGUGUAGGCAUUUGUAAAUGGCACAAAUGGUAGAUAAUAGUUUCCCAUUGGCUAUGCAUAAAAUAUAUACAAUAGGUAUGCAAACAGAUUUGCCGGUGUCUUGUUUUGUGACUAAAGAACAAAUACACAGGAAGCUCAGGCCAUGCAGGGAAGGCACAGGAAGCCCAAACAUGAACAAACCACAAAGCAUACAGUACAAGGAUAACUUUAUCAACCUUUUGCCAACCAACCCCAGAAUAAUGUGCUACUGUAGAAUUCUGAGGUGAAAAUGCAAUAUAAAAAAAGACCUAAACAA